AAAUCCCAGGCAGGGGAAUCAGUUCACUUAUGCGAAAUGGAAAAAUCAAAUUACCAGAGACCCCCAAGCCGGGCUGAUCCAAUAUAUUACCCAACCCCUUAUGCAACGACCCACGUCGCGGAUGAUCCCUGCAGAAAGUCCCUGGAGGCAGCUGAAAGAGAGUUUCAAGAUGAGCCACAAUAUGCCACAGUAAAAAGAACACCCAGACCACCUAAGUCCGAUAUGCAUAUAUACCAUUAUCCAGUUCAUAUCCCCCCAGAGCUGUUAGACGAGCUUCAAGCCACGUCCUCUCCAUGGGAUGAUGGUGGCAGAUCUUCUAUGGUGGAGCCUGAAAGAUACAAUAUAGGCAGGCGAAGUUCCAGGAAAAGUAGGUGAAGAUUUUUAAGUAAAGAAUCCAACAAAGAAAGGAAAAGUCUUACAGAGAAAAAAAACAGAGUUGACGAUUAGGAUGAUAUCCUCUGAGUGCUUUAGUAGUUAACAAGCACUCCGAGUUAUUCCUGAUCGAGUAAUUUCUCCAUGCAAGAGGAAUUUCAAUCAAAAGAGUUCGAUCUACUUUCUCCAUAUUGUUUUAAAACCUUUUUAUGCAAUGUCUUUUUAUUUGAAACGUAUAAAAUUAGAGAUUCAAAAAAGAAUCUGGAUAGGAAAGACUUACUUGAUAAUGGAAUAACUACAUUGGUUGAAAUUCGUUAAGAUGAUAAACGUCGACAUGCUUCGAGCUCUCGAAAACAAGGCGCUCAUUCUCAUGAUCUCGUGAAUAAGAGCACCCAAUCAUUCGGGUCUUAUCUAUUUCACGUCUGGGAA